UUUCAGCCAAGCAAACCCUUUGAAUCCAGGAGAGGAGACUACAACCAGUCUGUAUGUCAAAGGUCAUGUCUCGAGCCGCUCGGUCGGUUGCCGACAGGUUAGUCUAUGCAAAUUACCCACAUCCAACCCCAGGGGUUACGACUCGCUCUGGACAAGUACACCUCUGUACCGCGACCGUCGGGAUAUACCAUAAAAUACAAGUCUACUUGAAAGGGAAACAAGAUGGCGGCCGAUGAGAAGUCCGCCAUGACACCUGAUGAUGACGCAGAGGUCAAACCGAAGUUGACCUUGCGGGAGAAGCUGUGUUACGGAGUGGGCAUGCUCACGGGUCCGAUGAUGAUUGACGUGUUAGGCAUCUACUGUAACGUCUUCUUGGUGGAAGUGGCUCAGAUUCCACCACUCUUUGUAUCGGCUAUUGUUUUCACCAGUAGGUUUUGGGACGUCAUCGCCAACCUGAUUGUCGCGAAACUUAUCGACAAGACCAACACAAGAUGGGGACGGAUGAUGCCCUGGGUCCUGGGAGCGGGCAUCCUUCUCGUUCCCGUGUACUUCCUGUUGUGGUACGUGCCGGAUUUAGGGACGAACGGAAAAGUUGCGUACUACUUUGUCCUGUACCUGGCCAUGGUGCUACUUCAAACGUCGCAUAACGUUCCGUACCGGACCUUGGCCAUGUACAUGAGUGAGGACCCGAAAGAAAGAGACGCAGCCACGCUUUUCAGAUCACUGUUUGAGAUGGUUGCCAUAGUAGCGGGUGUGGCCAUCCAUGGACAGAUAGUGGCAGCGUUUGACCCCAGGCUGGAGCAGUGUAAGAACAUCACUAACGGCAACAGUACCGUCACGUCACACUCACUAGAGAAGGCGGAGACGGGCUAUCUGGUAGCGGCAGGUUCGCUCUGUGGAGUUGCAAUACUGGCCACGGCCGCUGUGGUGUUUGGAGUCAGAGAGAGAAAAGAUAUAGUCCAGGAGCACGCGGACGCCCCUGACGAACCCUUCAUGAAGAGCAUGAAGGAAGCGAUAACAUUCCGGCCUAAUGUAGACUGCCUGGUGGUGUCCUUCUGCUUUGAAAUGGCCAUGCUGACUCUGGAGGGAACGUCAGCCUUAUUCGUGCAAUACUCACUGGAUCUGGUGGACCAUGUGCAGAACGUUCUACUGGUUUUUGUGAUAUCCGUCGUUUUCUUCAUGCCUGUUAUAGACGUAUUGGUCGAAAAAUUCGGAAAGAGAAAAACGUUUAUGGUUUCUUCUUUGGUAUCUAUCCCACUGUACAUUGCGUGUCAGUUCCUCCCCGCCCGGAGUGUAGCAGCGACCUAUCCCGUGGUCAUUCUGUUGGGAUUCAUUGGCGCUUCCCCGGUAUUCAUCCCGUGGACGAUGGUGACUGACGUGGUUGACGACUACCGAGUGAAGACGGGGAAGCAGCUGGACACCAUCUUCUUCAGCCUGAGCCUGUUCGCCUUCAGACUAGCUGCUGCAGUCGCGCUGGGACUCACCGCCAUCGCCUUAAAAAUCGGCGGCUACAUAACAGGCUACUGUGUUCAGCCUGCCGAAGUGGGCUUUACGUUGAGAUUACUCAUGUCCGUCGUCCCUACGGGCCUCACGCUGAUUGGUCUGGUCUUCCUCUGGCGUUAUCCAAUCACGACAGAGAGACAACAGAGAAACAAGGUGGCCCUGGAGGAGAUGAAAAAAGCAAAAAAUCAAGAAGAAUUCAAGAACGGCAAUCUUCUUGCAAACGGCGAGAAACAGCAAAGGCAACGUCUUCUCCAGAUAGACAGUAUUAUAGACGACAUAGACGAGUCUGUCAGGGAUACGGAUUAUGACGGCGACUUUGCCCUGUCUUCGGACGUGGAUCUAUCUCACCUGGAAGACUCGGCAAGAGACACGGACUACGAGACAGACUUUGGCUUAGCUUCUGACGUAGAUCUCACUCUUCUAAAGAACUGCAAGGAGACAACGUUGUAACAUAAAGAAACCGGAUAUUUCGUGUUUUUUUUAUAUAAAGCAAAACAAAUCAUUCCGAUGUUUGCAUUGUUUUACUUGUAUCGGGUGCAAUGACGUUAUGUGUAACGUCCUUGUUAUGCUAGUAAUGUUUUUUUCUUGGGAAGGAAGAAAUUUGUGUUACGAUUAAACUUUUGUAGCAUGAC